AUGGUCCGCUCAAGUGUAAUCGGCCGUUUCCUGGCCGGGCUGCUCCUUGCUUCCGGUGCAGCCGCCCAUACCGAAGGCUGUAGCUGCUCCUCUGAUGGCAUCCAGCGCGUCACCUACAUCGUCGUCGAGAUGCCCGAUCAGCCUGAACAAGCAGCCUCCUCCUUGUCCUCCUUCACAACACUAACCACCGUCCCGACGCCAACGUCCACGGAGAGGUUCACCGCGCAAGCAGCGCACGUAAUCGAGGAUAUUCCAGCCUACGAACCCAUCGCCAUCAAGCCCGAAGCGCUCCGUCCAGCCGUAAACACGACACACACCUUUGGCGCCACCCCCGCUCCUGGCAUCGACACCAAAGACCCCAUCAACAUCGUCCCGGCCACAAAUGUCUCACUCUACUACGCGGCUACGGACACGGAGGAACAGGGCUCCAUCGACAUGAAGCUCGCGUUCAAGAACCCCGCCGUGGUCCUCGAGCACGUCAAUGCCGUCAGCAACGUCGCGUGCGGAGAUGACGAGCUCACCGUCUCCUUUUCCUCCGCCGACACUUUUGCCGAGGCCGUCAAGGACUGGUCCGACUCUGCCGAAGAAGGAUUCAUCCUCAUCACCAACCACAUGGGCAACUGCGACGCCGAGUUCGAACGAGGCUUCUUCCUCGCAACGGGCCUGACCUCCAGCGAGGGUGACCUCUCCAUCACAGUCGCCGCUUCAAAGGAGGAACUCACCAACAUCGCCGGCGAGUGCGAAAUGUCCUUCACUUCCUUGCCGGCUGCCACGCUCUCCAAGCGCCUCACUCUCGACCCGUCCGUCUCCCUCUCCUUCGCCGAGGGCCUCGCCGAAAAUACGGUCCUCUACAGCGACGGGCAAUACGUCAACAUCACGGCCGAUGAGGCCUGGUUCAGCUCCAAGAUCACCUUCUCAGGCUACCUAAAGUACAACUUCUGGGGCUUCAAGCUGCAGGCCCUGUACUUCGACCUCGACACGACCUUUGACUCGGCCGUCGGCGUCUCGGUCGACGUCGCCGCCUCCUACAGCCACGCGCUCAAGUACGCCCCGGACGCGUUGUCCUACUCCCUCGUCUCCGUCCCCGGUAUCGUCGAGCUCGGUCCGGGUGUAGCCUUCGCAGUGGGCUUAGACUUUGACGUCUCUGCUGCUGUGGGCGUCACGGCGGGACUGAGCGUGAGUCUGCCGGGGGGCAACGUCCACCUCGACCUCCUGCACGGGGAGAAGUCGUCGGCGAGCGGGUGGGAGCCAAAAUACAGCAGCUACGCCAACAUCACCGAGUCAGCUGAUGUGCGCGUCGACGCCUCAGCCGACGUUACCGUGCAGCUGGCGUUCAAGUUGCUCGGCGGGCUGGUCGAUCUCAGCUCCGGCAUCACGGCGACGCCGGGGUUCGAUAACGUGUUCAAGCUGCGAGGGGAGCAGAACCUGGGGGUUAGCGGUACUAUUGGUAGCGGCAGCAGCAGUAGCAGCAGCACUAUCGGGGGCGGCAACUUUACGAGUAAGCCGGCCGAACUGACGCAGGUUAGCGUUGAUGUUCCCAAGGACGGGUUGAUCUGCGCCGAGAAGAAUGGGGUCGAGUUUGCGACAGACUUCUACUUCAACUUGACUGGGUUCGCGACCAAGUGGUGGAGCGGCGAGCUGUACAGUACCCGUGUGCCGCUCUGGGAUCUGUGUUACAGCUUUUGA